AUGUUUAAUAACAAUAAUACUAGUAACCAGAAGCUUAAAGUUUCAAAUAAUGAAAAUAGAAACACUUAAGAAAGUUAUUUUAAAUAGGAUAAAGAAAACUAUUAUCAUUAAUGGGAAUAAAAAUUGAAAUAGAGGGAAACUUAAGUAUUUAAAUCAGUCAUAUACAGUUUAGUUAGAAUAAAAGUAUAAAGAAUUAAAAAAUUAUUCCAAAAAACUAAAGAUGAAAAGUGAUGAACUUGUAAAACAAAAAUUAGAAUUAGGAGAAAAAAUAGAGAAAUAUAAUAGGCUCUUAGAAUAGAUUAUAUAAGCUUAAAUAUCAGAGAGAUAGAUGAAUAGAGUUGGUUUAUUAACACCAAAUACUAGUAAAACCAGGACUAAUAAAAGUGGAAUAAAUGAAUGUCAAUAAAGAGUGGCAAAUUUAUUAUAAAAAAUUCGACAUACAAGUAAGACCAAUUUAAAAACUUAAUAAUAUUCUUAUUUUGGGAAUAAUUCUGAUUAUGAAGAAAUAUUAUUUAGUAAAAGAUAAAAUCAUUCGACUUCUUUCACAGGAAUAAUGAAUAUAAGUUCGCAAGAUUAAAUAAAUCAAUAACAGUAAUAAUAAUAAUAAAAAUAAAAUGAAAUUUAAGUAUAGGGUGAAUAGAAGUAAAAAUAAAGUUUGGUUAGUUGUGAAAAUGAACUAGUGAAUCAUUAAUUACAAUUAUAGUAGAUGGAAACUAACCAAAAACACUUUUAUUCAAAAGUAUAUGAAGAAAUGAAUAAAUUAAAAUAACAACUUUGA